AUGAAAGUAAACUUUAGGUUAACGAGAGGUUACGCCACUCAGGCUUUCCAUGAAGAAAUGGACUUCCCCCUGGCAUACUCUAUCGUCACCCACCAUAAGGUCGAGGACUUUGAGCGGCUCUUGCGAGCCAUCUACGCGCCCCAGAACGUGUACUGCGUCCAUGUCGACACAAAAGCCCAAGCUACUGUAGCAGCCGCCAUCGCCAACAUCGCUUCCUGUUUCCCCAACGUCUUCAUGGUCAGUCAACCCGUGAAAGUGGUCUACGCCGGCUGGACUCGGGUGCAGGCGGACCUCAACUGCAUGUCGGAUCUGCUGAACGUCAGCACGGAGUGGAAGUAUUUCAUCAACCUCUGUGGGCAGGACUUCCCCAUGAAGACCAACCUGGAGAUGGUGCGGGACCUGAAGGCUCUGGAUGGGGCAAACAGCAUACAAUUUGAACCCAUUCCCCAGAAUCAGAAAAGGAAAGUGGAAACCACUUGGGCCCUGAUGAACGGACAUAUACAGUCCACAGGGAAGGCCAGGGGGCCGGCGCCCUUCGAUCUUUCUGUGUUGAAGGGCAGCGCCUACAUUAUCGCCUGCCGGGGAUACAUCAACAGUGUGCUGACAGACAGCCGCAUCCAUGAGCUGAUCGAGUGGUGCAAAGACGCUUACAGCCCAGACGAGAUCCUCUGGGCCACCUCCCAACAAAUGCCCGGAGUUCCGGGUUCCAUGUCGGCCACUUCUCACGUGUAUCACGGAAUUUCGAUUGCACGGCUGGUGCUGUGGACUGGCGAGGGCAAGUGUCACGGCAAUUUUGUGCGGGGGGUAUGUGUGUUCGCUGUCGCAGACCUGCCUUGGAUCCUGAGCCAUCAUCACCUGUUCGCGAACAAGUUUGACGUGGAAUCGGAUUCAGUCGCCGUCUUCUGUCUGGAGGAGUACCUGCGGGAGAAGAGGCUGGCGGAAAUUGAGAGUGAUGGGAAAUGAUCGCCUCCCAUGUCUAAUGAAGUGUCCUUUUGUUGUUCCGAAAGAGGUUAGCUAAUUAUAGUGCCUGUAUUGGUCCAUAUGUUAUUGCAAAAAUACCAAUGGAUGCACCGAAGUAUUUAUAUUUGGGUACUUGCUGAUACCAAGUACUGAUAUUAUUACUUAAUAAUACCAUUACAGUUUAAAGAACCACUGAACCCACUAUUUAAAGGAAGGAAAUCCAAACACUGUGAUUUGAAAAAUUUGUUUUGGGCCGAGAAUUCUAGGAGUUCCCACGACAACUUUAUGUUACUGUUUUGGACCAUUGUUGUGUAUUAGCAUUAUAAUAAGCAAGGUUGUAAAUGAAAUGUGCAACACAACAUAGCGAUAUUUUAUGUGUCCGGGAAGCCUAACUCUCGGACGCGGGUAGUAAAUGAAUUACUACUCAGACGACGCUUCACCAUCCACCCACUGUAGCGUUAUACUAUGUGUCCGGGAAGCCUAACUCUUUGAUGCGGGUAUUAAAUUAAUCACUGUUCAGACGGAGCUUCAACAUCCACACACACCGUGGCGUUACGUUCCCGGAAAGCACAACUUUUCCUCGGACGCUGCAGUCAACAGCUGCCCAGGCAGAGCCUUACACGUCCACACAAAAUGCGCUAGAAAAUAAUAAAAUUGUAUGGGUUCACU